AUGGCGUCGACCCCGCCCAACUCCCCGCCGGCCUCUGCGACUCAGCCACCCGGCUCGCCAAGCUUUGGCGGUGGAGGACGCCGAGCUCGUAAGCGUGCCAAGCGACAAGAAUCGGUGCCGGGACCCUCUCCAGAAGGGCAGGGCCCAUCGCAUGCGCACUCUCCUGAAGAACAAGACUCGGCGCCCGCGCGCUCUCCUGAAGCCCAUGGUCCAGCAUCCUCUGCGCACCCCCCGAGAGCUCCCCCAAAGCCAAUCGACCCAUCAGGCCUUUGUCGGCAUCUGACGGAUCUCGUGUCUCAACUUGAAAGCACUCACCUGGCUCGGCUCAGCGACUGCUCAAAAGCAGCUGUCAGUCCCGAGGCGUGCAUCUCAAUACCUUUUGGCUGGGCGGGGCUAGAGUUUGACAGCCGAGGCACUGAUCUCACAGGCACAAUACUGCUCAAGGACUUCAGGGCCGAAUCCUGGCUAUCGGCGAUAGAGACAGCGCUCAAACCUGGCCCACCCGUGGCUACUUGGGCCUCAUUCCCGUCUGUUUCGCUCAGUCUUUUGCGCCUGCCACCUCCUUUGCCAGAGACCCACUUGGUCGCCCGCACCCAUGAGCACAUGCUUGCCGUCACUGCUGGACUCCAGGCCACCUUGCGUUGCAUACCACCGCUCAAAGGACAAAACGCGGACGAGGCCAACCUUGCUGCUCGCUUGCGACCUGCUCUCAACCUACUGCAUGACAUUGCCAUUCACGCGCGCUACCUGGCGCCCGAGCUAUUGGAUGCCACCACCCAUCGUACCUUUCGCAUCGAGCUUGCUCGUGCCAUUGCAGCUGGCCUGGCCGCCUUGGUCAAUGCCCAUGAUGAUGUUGCCACUUCCAGCCCCGAGAGUGAGAGGGCUCAGCGUUGGCCCAUUGCGUUCAUCGACUGCUGCUUGGUGCUGGCUACGCUCGUGCCCCUUGCUGAAGCCAGAGACGGUCCACAUUUGCUUCUGGCAAUCCUAGAUGGGUUAUUGCACGUUCAUCGUCGUCGGCCGUGGCUCUGGCGCCAUCAUGAUUGCAAUGUGCCACCAGAAGAACAGCUUGCUCAAGAAGGCACCCCCGAAAUGAAUGAUUCCGAAGGCCCACUGUAUCAUGCCGUCAAACUACUAUCCCGCAUCCUCCCCUCGCAAACGUUUUCAGUACUCUUGACCAAGAUUAUGCACAAGUUACAAAGCCUGCCGCUGAGCGGCCCUGAAACGACUGUGCUGAUAGCCUCGCAGGUGGAGGACGAUUUAUAUUUUCUUGCACGGUUGGCAAAGUUCAAGCACGUUCGUCUUGUCAUGCCAACGGAACUGAACGCGGGCGUUCAUAUGCCACUAUUCAUUUCACUUUCUUCCUCGCUCAUCUACCGCGCUUACCAACCUCUAGCCGAAUUUGGCCUUGUGCAAGCGCUGUGGAACGAGCUUUCUCGCCCCUGCUACUGGCAUCGACAAGCGCCCCUUCUGGAUCCCUUUUUGCAAGCCCCCUCAGCAGCAGUGCAAGGCCCAGUAGCUCAUUUCGCUGUCUUGCUGCGUGACCUCGCGCAACAAGAUGUCCAGCUGGCCAUCCGCUUCAUCAAUCGGAACAUGGCUCGCUUCCCAACGCAACCACAUCCUGCUCGUCAACUUUAUUGCCUCGACGAGAGCUUGAAUCACUCCUUGUGUGGGAUCUGCAAUCUGGGCCACGUGUUACUUGCCUGUCUCAGUGCACUGUGGCAUUUUCAGCUGCACGCUGGCGAGGAGCUGGGCAGCUUCCGGGGCAAAGUCCAGCGCUUGGCACAGCGUGUAAGCAGUAUCUUUCACCAGUCGCUGUGGACACCUGAAGGCGCGGCGCGCACGGCUCGCAGCACUUGGUUGGCGUUGGUGUGCAAAUUGGCGCAUACUCAGCUCAUGUACGGUAUCGAUCUUCAGCCUACGGGGCAGCUCUUGCGCGAUCUUUGUGGGUUGGAGAGCCUUCAGCGUAUGGAUCCGCGUGUCUUACCUUGUCUUGAGGUUGUUUGGAAGGCCGCUGCACAGCGCGCGGUGCUCGGGGAGUACGAAGCUGCGGCCCCGCUACUCCAGCUCUUCAUGCCUCAAGGCACAGCCGAGCUCCUUGCGAUUUGGAAUGCCGAGUACCUGCGCGCAACGCGAGCGCUGCCCGUCAGCGUGGUCAUUUCUCUCCUCGAGACUGGGCUGCAAACUCCAACCGGCCUGUCAGCCAUGGUCCGGCUUUGGUGUCUCAAGCGACUCCUGCCCCAACUUCAGCUGCUCCUCACUCAAGACAAACUGGACGCUAGUGUCGGCCCUCGGCUGGAUCGUCUCUGGGUCCUUCUCUUGCUCUUGAUGCAGCAAAACGAUGCUGGUGCAUCUGCACCUGAGCCUGAUCAUCCGCGCUUGCUGCGUCUACAAAUUCUGGCCUGGUGGGCCGGACACGUGUCUACUCCCACCGCCCAAUCCUGGGCCUUGGCUGCUCUGUUCUUACGCGACUGCCACCUCGAGCUCUGUGCAGCCUCCGUGGCACUCAUGCUCUGGUCUGAUCACCGGCAGCAAGGCUUGGAUCAAGACGCAACAUUGACGGCCGUGACGCUGCAGGACGACUUGGAAUGGGCAUCAACGUUGGCGCAAUGGCAGGUCGCUGACCUGCCAUGGGCAACACGCUUGGCCCUCAUAGCCUCAGCGCUCAAAGCUGGACCGCAGCGUACCAGAACUUUUGAGCAACAGCAACGGCGACGCCUUGAGCUCUUGCAGCGUUUGACCCGACGUGUUGUGCGUGAUCCCAGUGUUCGGCUGGUCGACGAUGUUGUCGUCAAUGCCAACCGUCCCGUGGCGUUUCACGUUCAAACCAUCGACGAAGCGGCGCGCACGCGGCUGGCCGAACUGUUGAGCCGCAUCCCCAAUGUUCCUGCCUCGGGCGCCGCAGGAGCACACCAAAGCGCCAACGUACAGCGACUCCAUGCCCGCUUUUAUGUGGAGGCCGUGGCCACUGUGCUGGUGGAAGCCGGUGCUGUCCUCUAUCGCCAGCGUCACGAGAGCUUCUUCAAUUGGGCCGUCAACAAGAUUUUCUGGCAGCCACCCCGUGCUGUAGGCGAAUAUGCUCGGGAGGAGCUGAUGACCGUUUUUCUACCUGCUCUUUUUCGGGUUCUGGGCCAGCUUCAGCUGCCUGGAGAUGCAUACGUGCUUCGCAUCCUCGACAAAAUGUGCUUGCGCCCUUACUUUUACUCGGCGGCUUGCCCCACCUGCUUGGGGCUCUCCGACUCUCAUCGCCGGCGAAGAGGCUUUGACAAGCACUUUGCAGAGGCUCUGUUGCAGCGAGCCAAGUUAUUUGCCGAACUGGUGGGCGGCCACCCCUGCGAAGCUGGCAAGGCUUGGCUCCGCUUGUACUUGCUUGUGGGUCCCUUUCAGCACAUGCUUUUACCGGAGGCCCCCCACGCACUUGCGGGCCCCCUCCUGCUCCUGGCCUGUCAAACGCUACGCUGGAUUUCGCUACGUUACAAGGCGUGGGCCGACGGGGCAGCGCGGCAACUGAUCAAGGCGAUUGAGCAUUCGGGGUCAAGCUCCGUUGGUACGUCCGCCGAGACCGGUCAAGAGGCUGCAACUGCAGCACGGGCGCAAGCAGCUCGCGCUGUCCUGACGACAGCUGCACAGAACGGAGCCGGGACUGGUGUUAUACCCGAGGCCAUGCGCACGUUGAUGCAGGUGUUUCGCCGUGCCGUGGACGAGACACACGUGACCAUGGUUCCGCUCUUUAGUGCGCUAGCGCGUUUGGAGCAUGAUGCUCCCGCGACGGCCGUGGUGAUUAGCACGCUUCGUCGCAUGUUCAAUACAUAUGUGGACAUUCAUGCCGCUGUGCAACACGUGCAACUGACCCUGGCACGCGAGCUCAACCUGACCACCCCUCCCACGCUGGUCACCCAAGCGGAAGCCGCGACGACAAUGAUGACGUUUUAUCAUGGGUUGCUUCAAAAAGAAUGUCUUUGGCAGCUGUACCGCAUCAAACUGGCCGAUCGCAAGGUCUCGCGGGAGGUGGCCAAUUUGAGUGUGAGCGACCGGCGCGAAUUGCAAGACAUGUUGGCCAAGUCCCAAACAGCUUUGCCACUCGGCUCGGCGGCGGAUGAUCGUGUGGUGCAGGCCUUUGCACGAUUUGGACAACAACGACCGCCGGCACCGGCGAUGACAGGCACCACCGCACCUGCUGGCAUGGAGCCAGGAAAUCAUGCCGAAGUGUCACCCAGCACGCCUGAGAUCGUAUGA